UUGGGAUUAAGAUUCUAUUUUGAUUUGUAAUGAUCUUUAGGGUGUGUUUUGGUAGGGAGGAAAUACAAUAUUUUCCAUAUUUGGUUGGUUAGAAACAUUUUUUCCGUAAGAGAAAAAUUGAAAAUGGCAUCCUUAACGGAAGUACUUGGAAUAAUAUAUUUUUGGUUACUAAUCAACAAGGAAAAAUGCACAAAUACCCUCUAGAAUGACCGAAAUCUUAGAUACACGCAUUAACUAAACUAAGCUCCUAUAAUUCCUGAAUUUAUUUUUUUGUAAUUUUGUAAAAUUUUUGUUUUACGUGGCAGACUCCGUGACUCCAAGCACGUGGAGAUAUUUGGAUCCAAGCACGGGGAGAUAUUUGGAUGUCACAUAAGCUAAAAAGGGUCAUUGAGGUAACACAGAUGAAAGAGAUAGAGUACGGUGGAUUUCUAGCAGUAAAGGUGAAUUAUCUGUGAGUUCGUGUAACAGUGAAGCUCCAAAUAUUGUUUAUAUUACUUGAUAAUAGGACUGAAUUACAGCUGAGUCUAUAUUAGAGAAUCCAACGAAGGAAGGUGAGGAUAUAAGACUGAAAUGUAAGGUAGAGUGAAGGGGGAUGAGAAGCUCGGGUUCUCAAAAUUGGGGAUGAGAGAGAUUCAGAGAAUUUCCAUAACAAAAUAGCCUACUUUUUGCUACUGCUAUCAUUUUUUUUGGUUGUUACUGUAUUACUGAAUUGAUGAUAGAGAAGUCCGAAUCCAGAUGGAUAAUUUACCAGCUGAAUUACUUCUGGAUAUAUUGGGAAGGAUUAAAAGAACUACUGAUAGGAACUCUGUAUCCCUAACUUGCAAACGCUUCAACAAAUUGGAUAAUGGGCUGAUAAUAUCUAUACGCGUAGGGUGUGGUUUACAUCCUGUCUGUGAUGCAUUAACCGCUCUAUGCAACAGAUUCCAUAACUUGGAGAAAGUGGAAAUUAUUUACUCUGGUUGGAUGUCUAAGUUAGGGAAGCAGUUGGAUGAUAACGGUCUUCUCAUCCUUUCACGUUGUUGCCCUUUGCUCAAGGACCUCGUGUUGAGUUAUUGUACUUUCAUAACGGAUGCUGGUCUUAGUUACUUGGCUUCUUGUUCGAAACUUAAAUCCUUGAAGUUGAACUUUGCUCCCAGAAUUACUGGUUGUGGCAUCCUGUCUCUUGUUGUGGGCUGCAAAGCCCUUAGUGUGCUUCACCUGAUUAGAUGUCUUAGUGUCAGUAGUAUGGAGUGGCUAGAAUAUCUUGGAAAACAUGAAAUGCUUGAAGAUCUCUGCAUCAAGAAUUGUAGGGUUAUCGGAGAAGGUGAUUUGAUUAAGCUUGGACCUACUUGGAGAAAAUUGAAGAGACUGCAAUUUGAGGUUGAUGCCAACUACAGAUAUAUGAAGCGUUAUGACCGUUUGGCAGUUGACCGGUGGCAAAAGCAAUCGAUCCCAUGUGAGAACAUGCUUGAACUUUGUUUAGUGAACUGUGUUAUCAGCCCCGGGAGAGGGCUUGCAUGCGUAAUAGGGAAAUGCAAGAAUUUGGAAAAAAUUCACUUAGACAUGUGUGUUGGGGUUAGGGACUGUGACAUAGUAUGUUUGGCCCAGAAAUCAAGCAACCUUCGAUCAAUCUCUCUCCGAGUUCCAUCAGACUUCUCGCUUCCUCUGCUACAAAACAAUCCAUUGCGGUUAACAGAUGAAAGUCUAAAGGCAGUGGCUCAGAACUGCUCUUUGCUUGAUACGGUUAGGUUGUCUUUCUCUGAUGGAGAGUUCCCUUCAUUUUCUUCCUUUACUUUGAAUGGAAUACUUAUGUUAAUACAAAUGUGUCCAAUAAGAGAACUCGCUCUUGACCAUGUGUAUUCUUUUGACGAUAUUGGAAUGCUAGCUCUUCGUUCAGCAGAAUAUCUCCAAAUCUUGGAACUUGUAAGGUGCCAAGAAAUCACUGAUGAUGGAAUGCAGCUUGCUAGCCAAAUUCCUCAAUUAUGUACAUUACGGUUGAGGAAGUGUUUGGGAGUGACCGAUGAUGGGUUGAAACCUCUCGUCGGGGCUUACAAGUUAGACUUUUUGGUUGUAGAGGAUUGUCCACAGAUAUCAGAAAGGGGAGUUCAAGGAGCUGCAAAGUCUGUCACAUUCAAGCAAGAUUUGUCAUGGAUGUACUAAGCUUUCCCAUUAUACAAGUAUUUUUCCAGAUGUUUUACAGGUUAGGUUGUUUCGUCUAAUUACGACUUUUUGUACAGUCAUUUUGUUUUUCAUAACAUUUCUGUAAUCUGCAACACAGAAUUACCUAUGUCCACAUGCAUGUUGCAUAAUAAAGACUAAUUUGAGUGUUUGUUUCCUA